AACUGCCGCGGAUUCGGAACGCUCCUCGCGCAUCCGAGCCGGUUCAAAAAACGACUUUCAAAGCCUUUUUCGAAGCGUGUGCGCGAAUCGCUCAUUAAACCCAAAUGGGUGUACAAUAAAAAGUUUUUCCCCCAACCAUUGAAAAGUGUGUGUGCUCUACUUAUUCUUUUAUUAUUAUUUUGUCGAAGCCAUUGUCAUUGUCAUCGGUUUCCGCACGCUGGAGUGGAGUGCCCGAGUGCGUCGCUUAAAGGCCAAUUUAAGUGGCAGGCGUUUAAUCAAGUCAAGUCCCAGUCUCCGACGCCGCCGGUGUCACAAAAGGCAGCCGGAGUCCUUGGCAUAGCUCCGCCUGCCCCUUCCCCUGCCGUCCGCACCCCGCGCACAUUCACAAAAUUCCCAGUGAAAACAUAGCCAUAAAUUAACAACUAAUUCAAUUAACUGCCGGCAACGUCAACGAGCGGCACUUGGCUGCAGCGGAAUCCCGGGCUAGGAGAAAAGCCAGGAAAAGUCAGGAGCCGAGCACUGCAUUGCCGCAGGAUAUGCGGCGGGCUGCCUAGGAGGAAUUCCUUGUGCGAGCCUCCUUCUCCUUCACGCGGACGCAGUGCAGCAUUGGCAGGCAGCCAUGAGCGAGCAGAUUGGCAACAGUAACACCAACGCAUCUUUCAGUGGAAGUGGCAGCAAUGCCGCCUCCAUCGCCGAAAGUGCGGCGGAGAGCGGUCCGGACUUCGAUGCUCUACGGACCGCCUGCGAAACGCGACUUAAUGGCAGCGGCCAACUGGCGGGCACUGGAACCCACUGCGCCGGCACCUUUGAUGGCUGGCUUUGUUGGCCGGAUACGGCCCCAGGCUCUUCCGCCUACGAACUCUGCCCGGACUUCAUCACGGGAUUCGAUCCAGCAAGAUACGCCCACAAGGAGUGUGGCCUUGAUGGCGAGUGGUUUAAGCAUCCGCUGACCAAUAAAACAUGGUCCAACUACACAACCUGCGUAAAUCUCGACGACCUUGAGUGGAAGCACAAUGUGAAUCUGAUCUACGAGGUUGGUUACGGCAUCUCACUGCUAGCCAUUCUGCUGUCGUUGGCCAUAUUGGGUUAUUUCAAAUCCCUGAAGUGCGCCCGCAUCACGCUGCACAUGAAUCUGUUCGCCUCGUUCGCGGCCAACAACUCGUUGUGGCUGGUCUGGUACCUGCUGGUCAUGCCGAAUACGGAGCUACUGCAUCACAGUCCGAUGCGCUGCGUGGCUCUGCACAUCAACCUGCACUACUUCCUCCUCUCGAACUACUCGUGGAUGCUCUGCGAGGGAUUCUACCUGCACACCGUCCUGGUGGCCGCAUUCAUUUCCGAGAAACGGCUGGUCAAAUGGCUGAUCGCCUUCGGCUGGGGCUCUCCAGCCAUCGUCAUAUUCGUCUAUAGCAUGGCCCGUGGUCUGGGCGGCACGCCCGAGGACCAUUUGCACUGCUGGAUGAGCCCAACCGACUACGAUAACAUUCUUGUGGUGCCUGUGUGCAUCUCCAUGUUCCUCAAUCUGCUGUUCCUGUGCAACAUUGUGCGCGUUGUUCUCCUCAAACUGAACGCUCCGGCCAGUAUUCAGGGCAGUUGUGGUCCAUCACGAACUGUUUUACAGGCAUUUCGGGCCACACUGCUGUUGGUGCCUCUGCUCGGCCUCCAGUACAUCGUAACGCCGUUUCGUCCUGCACCCGGACAUCCCUGGGAGAAUACUUACGAAAUCAUCUCGGCGUUUACGGCCUCAUUUCAAGGUCUGUGCGUGGCCACUUUGUUCUGCUUCUUCAACGGCGAGGUGAUUGCCCAAAUGAAGCGCAAGUGGCGGAUGAUGUGCUUCAGCAACCGACCGCGGACCAAUUCCUACACAGCCACUCAGGUCUCGUUCGUGCGCUGCGGACCGCCACUGCCAGGAGAGGAGAAGGUAUGACUAAAGGACAUGUCGGCCAAGCGCCGGGCUUCCGCGGGUCACCAACAGCAACACCACCACCAGCAGAGCCAGCAGGUAUCGUCGGAGCAGCAGAGGGCUCGCAGCCAGAGCCUGACGGGUUCGUCCACCUUUCUCGACGGCUGGCGCAGCCGGAUGCCGUUCCUGAAACGCCGCCAAACCAUCGACAAUUCCCGCCAGUGCCAGCCACUCAUGGAGGAGGGCGAUCUGGCCGGCGGAGGUCCAGCUCCACUGACACAAGCCGCCGGACCAUUGAUGACGACCAUUGCGGAGGAUGUCGCCGAGGCAGGCACUGCAGCAACAUCAGACGCAUCCGGAGCAACUGGAGCGGCCGAGAAUCAUCCCAACGGAAUGGGCACUGUUAUCGUUCGCAUGGAGAGAGCUGGCCAACAACACAUGGCCGAUGAGGCGCUUUAGGUUAAUCCCCUCGAGUCACACACAACAUCUCAUAGUUUAAGCCACUGCAAUACCAAAACCAAAACAGGUCAAGAAAACCCAAAACCCCACCAAAAACAACAGCCCAUUGAACCCAGUUACUAUCACGUAGGGAUGUUCCUAAAAUAGCUAGAGAUUUUUAAACAAUAAAUCGGGUGUCUAAAAGUAGGCAAUAUAGUUAAUUUUAAUUUUAAUUCUAUGAAACUAAUUGUAGGUACUCUCAGAAAUCGCGUAAGUUUUGAAACUAGUUACAAAGUUGGAUGAAAGUAUAUACAAUAUUUAAAAUUUGUUUGGUGCAUACUUUUGGAAACCGUUUGCAUUGAUUUAAAAACCUUUGUGAUUGCUUUGGCCACCCUUUGUAUUAAAUACAGCAGUUUAAGUUGUUUCUGGCACCUUCACGAUUUUAAAACGAUAGUUGUACCACCAAAAUGUAUUAUUUGUUUAGCAGGUUUGCUUCAAAGUAUUGAAUAAUUCAUGGCUUACGUUUAGACAUCCGGAAUUAUUGUUAGAAAACUUCUGGACUACUUCCAAGACACACAAAAUCAAUUCCUUAGCCAGCAAGGCUGAAUUUUAUAUCACUACAUCCUGCACAGAGCUAAGUGUUAAGUUUUCAAAGUAUAUUCCUCAGUUUUUCUUGGUUUCCUCUGCAUGCAGAAUGCGACAUAAAUUUCAGCCUUUGGCCGGCAACGGACCAACUUGAAUGAGAACAUAUUUAUUGUACCUAUGAUAUAAGAAUUUAUGUGGAUAUUAAAUAUCAUUGUUGUCUUAAGUGUUAAGUGUACUCUAGGACUAGUACCACCCCCUUAACCCCUUCCACCACACAUAUAUCUCUCUCUCUCUCUCUGUGGUAAGCUGAGCUUUCUGGCAAUCGCUUUUAUUGUGUCUAUGAAUGUACGCAAACGUAAUAAAAUUUUAAUUAAAUGUA